AUGGCUAAAUAUCUGAAAAAAGUGCUUCGAUCAAUUUUUCCACGUGAAAAACCCGAUGCUGAUAAAUGGAUAAAUAUUGCAGUUAUUGGCGAAACUGGAUCGGGAAAAUCAACAUUUAUCAACACUCUAACCAAUUAUUUUUUGAAAGGUUCGCUAAAUAAUUUAAAAGUAGCUAUACCUACACGAUAUUCAUCAGCAACAGAAUCAUUCGAUCAUACUGAAAAAGAUAUCGAUGAUGUUACCAAAUCGAAAACUGAUAUGUGUCAUCACUAUACCUUUGAAGAUGAUGAAACAGGCAAAUAUUAUUUAUUUAUUGAUACACCAGGUCUUAAUGAUACCCGUGGAGCUGACCAAGAUGCUUUAAACAUUCCAAAAAUACGACAAGCUAUCGCAGAUUUAGGUCAUCUGUCAGCAGUAAUCCUUGUUAUUUCCGGAUCACUCUGUCGCUUAACAGCGGGUAUGCGAAAUGUAUUAAUUAGUUUACGUGGGAAUUUACCAGAUAUUGUGCUCGAUAAUGUUAUUGUUGUAUUAACAAAUGUUCAACGUCAUACAUCCAAUUUUGAUUUAAAUUGUCUCGAAAUAAAUGGUAAUAUUUUUCCAUAUUAUAUGCAAAAUUCGGCUUUUUCGAAAGAUCCAAGACGACGAACUGAAGAAGAUAUGGUUUCACUCAAAGCAGAUUGGAAAGAUUCGAUGAAAGAAAUUAAAACAAUGUUACAAAAAAUCAAUACAUUUCAAGCGAAAUCCGUUGCAGCAUUCAAAGAUCUGGAGAAUCAACGUAAUAUUAUAAAAGCAUUAAUGACUGAAGCAAAAUUAGAAGUAACAAAUAUUCAAAAAAUGCAGGAUGAAAUAGCUUCACUUCAACAAGCACUGAAAAAAUAUGGUGACGAUGAAUCUAUGUAUCAACAAUAUACGCAAGAAACUGUUUUAGAUGUAAAGGAAAUUGUGGAUGCUGAAUAUCACAGCACCAUGUGUUCAAAAUGUGACAAUGUUUGCCAUGAUCGUUGCAGUUUAAACGAAACUACCGUUGUUGGUCACGACAUCUUUCAAGGUUGUGUUGCUAUGCGAGAAGGGCAAUGUACACAAUGUCCCUUACUCUGUAGCUGGGCGGAACAUUUUCACGCCAGAAAAACAAUUCAAGUCAAACAGCAAACAGUGGAAAAAGUAUUAGAAGAUAUAAAGGCUAAAUAUGAUAUAGCAACGCAAGUACAAGCAAAUGGGACUCCUUCGAAUGUUUCGAUAUCAUCAUUGUCAACGACAGCAGCAAUAACCGCCGAUCAAUUGGAUUCAAUGAAAAUACCAGAUCUUUUAAUUAAACAUACUGCGUACUACCAAAAUCGUGAUUUGCAGAACUAUUUACUGGCUCAGAAGGAAUUAGAAAAUCGUGCUUCGGGAAAAUCAUUGGGCCCACUGACAUCCAAUGAACAAGAUUCACUUUUUGAUUUUCGAACACAAUUUGAGAAAUAUGAUUCCGCAAGUUUGAGCAAAGAAUAUAUUACCUUACAACAAACGAUUAAUAGGGCAAUAGAAGUAGAUAUACAACAAAUUAGUAAAAUACCAUUCACCACAUUGUUGAAAAUUGCCGCCCUUUAUAUGCUAUUGCAAAAGCACCAGCAGCAACGAAAUACGGACAACAACAACGGUGCUUACAAUAUAUCACAGGCACAACGUGUCUCACCGACACAAUCGAUGUCUAGCAUUGGACGAGAAUCCGGCACUCAUACUUCGCCUCCAAAUAUGACGACGUUACCAAAAGAAUUUCAAACUAUUCAUACAAGCAAUACGACAGAAGCACCACCAAUAGGCUUUCAUGGUCAUAUUACAACCGAUUUGCUUACAAAUUCAUUUCGAAAUUUAUCAUUAAGUGACGAAUCAAAUGGCGUAUUGGUUAGCUACUAUAUGGAUGCCGUAAAUUUUAAUAAUUAUGUUGAAAGAAAUUUAAUCUCUGAAGAGCUGAAGCAUCGAUUAGAUGGAGAACGGUUCGGCAGAAAAACACCCGAAGAAAAUACACACUAUGAAUCGUUACGCAGCUAUUAUUUAUCUCAAUCUGUUCAAUUUGUUCAGCAACAAUAUAAACAUCUGCACGACACAAUAGGCUCCUAUGUUCAAGAUGUGCCUGCACGUAUUCUAGACAUAUCUUCGUAUGAUCUGUUAACCCUUUGUGUGUUAUAUACUUUAUUGCCUGGUAAUCCGCCACCUUACAGUACAUAUUCAUCCUCUCAUCACAAUACAGUUUAUAAUUCAACAAGCCUUAGACAAAAUCAACCAUCAACAUCCAGACCAAUAGUCUCCGAUUUACCAAACACAUUUCUGUCAGCAUCACCUCAUCAAGAAUUUCGAAACACGCCGUAUAAUGAGAUUGAAAAUGCAACAACAACGGCGUUCAAACAAGGAAAUACAACCAUGACAGAACUCCUUUCACUUCACGAUGAUUACUGUCGUCCUGCACCAUCUAACAAAUCAUCAUUGAUACCACAGAGCACAUUUGAACGUCAUUGUGGCGAAAAAACAAUAACAUUAACAAAAGAAGGCGCAACAAUUUAUGAUUCUGAAAUUGAUGUAUAUAAACCUUCGACUUAUGAAGAAUUGAAAUUAAUCUAUUCAGCGAUGAUAAAAAUGAGAGUUCAAGCAAAGGAUGAUGAUGCAGAUCAUAUAAAAAAGGCCGCGGAGCAAGCAAACAUUAGGGCAAUAGCUGUUCUACAUUUGUUGAAAUUAAAAGAAAAAGAAAAUGAAAAUUUAGAUCAGUAA